UGCCAUAUUUGGUUUAAUUCUUCUUUUUUUCCUGAGGUUUUCAAUAAAAUUUCAAACGUUUUGAUCGUUAUCUUUUUUGUCACUUGUGUACUCCAUUAAUACAACAACAGUUCAUUGUUUUCUUUUUCUUCCUUGUUUUUUUCUCUUUAAACCAAGGUUUCAAGCUUUCUGGGUUUGGUGAGUGCUUAUAGAUUCCAUUUCUGUGGCUCUUCUUUUGAUUGAAUUGGGACUUGGGAAUGAUCAUAUGUUUCUGGGUUUUCAUUGGUGGUGAUCAAGUAAUCUUUUUAGGUGGAAAAUUCACUUGAAGUUGAUGACUAUGUAUCAGCAAGAUUCAGAUUUUGUGCAUUGGGUUCUGGGUGGUGACCCUUUUUACAAUUAUGUAUAUAAUAAUGACAUGGUGCAGCAAGAUGCUGGUGACAUCUAUCAUCAUACACACUAUUUUAGAGGUCAUAGUCAUACUGAUACACAAAGCAGCCUGAUAGAGAAUGAUGAGGUCAUUGCUCGUACCCUUCAGGAAGAAUUCUCGCAUCUUGCUGUGGCAGAAGCUUCCGAAUUUUCUCAUGCUGGGGAAGAGCAGUCGCAAGCAUCCUGUGAACCUCAUGAUUGGCUUACUCCUUCAACAACAGACUACUGUUAUUCAGGCUAUGAAUAUGGCCAGGAUGAAUCCGAUGAUUUGGUGCCACAUAGUUCAUGCUCUAGUUCUAGCCCCAGUGAUUCAGAGGAUUUUUCUGGCUCUUUGGAGCUGACUGAGGGUUAUUUACUUGAUGAUGAAGUAGGCAAGAGGUUGAAUCAAAUGGUUCCUAUUCCUCAUGUCCCUCGAAUCAAUGGCGAAAUACCAUCAAUUGAUGAAGCAAUGUCUGAUCAUGAGAGGUUGUUAAGCAGAUUGCAGGUAUAUGGUUUCAUGGAGCUCAAGGUUCAGGGAGAUGGCAACUGUCAGUUCCGUGCACUGUCACAUCAGUUAUUUCAUACACCUGAUAAUCACAAAAUUGUGAGACGACAAAUUGUGAAUCAGCUUAAAUCUAACCCUGAAGCAUAUGAAGGAUAUGUCCCCAUGGAUUAUACAGACUAUUUGAAGAAGAUGUCUAAGAGUGGCGAGUGGGGUGAUCAUGUUACAUUGCAGGCUGCUGCGGACAGGUAUGGCGUUAGAAUUUUUGUCAUUACAUCUUUUAAGGACACUUGUUACAUUGAGAUUCUUCCUAACUUCCAAAAGAUGAAAAGCGUUAUUUUCUUGAGUUUUUGGGCCGAAGUUCACUACAACUCAAUCUACUGCCAAGGAGGUGAUUUAUAUUACAUUUUCCUCUUUGCUUUAGCAUCCACACAAAGUUCUUUUUUAUUCAAAUACAUGUUGCCCCGAUCCUUCAUUACUAGUGUGUUAACAUUCCAACAAUGUGGCCUGCAUGAAAAAACUGACAUAUGAGUGUAUGACUCUUUAUAUGCAUACUGUUUCAAAUACAGGGGAAUGCUUAGCUUAGUUUCUUAUGGAAUGCCUAUAACAAGAAUCUUGAUAGGACAAUUUGGGAAUCUUAUGCUGUAUUGAACUUAAAAAGGGGUUUGCAUGUUCCUAGUUUUAGUAUCAUUCUUCAAAUAUUGCUAAAUCUUGGGUUGGGCGUGGUUCUAGAUCCUCCUUCAUCCGAGGUUCCAAGGAAGAAAAGAUGGUGGAAUUUUGGGAACUAACACAGCAAAGAUGAGCCAGGCUUCCAUUAAUUUCCUCCCUCUGACUUGCCAUAAAAUGUAAUCAUACUUGAUAGUUGUAUUGUAAGGAGAAACAGUAUGAUAUAUUUUUUAAUUCCCUUUGAAUUUUAUGAAAUAUUCACAGCUUAAUUCUUUCAUGCAUGAAAUAAAUUGAAAGAAAUUUGUUAUUCA